AUGGAAGACACCAGAAUAUGUGUUGAGCUUCUGCCGCCUGAUAAUGAUUCAAGGCUCCCUCCCACCAAUCUCGUGCCGCCUGCUUGGGGCUCUGGGCCAUUGGAGCUUGCAAUGGACAAAUCUGCUUACUGGCGCCCAGGAACACAGCUUCAUGUUAGGUUCCUCUCUGGAAGCGUUUUCGUGAAGGAAAAGGUCAAAUAUUUUGCUCAGACAUGGGAGCAGCACGCCAAUAUUGACUUUGUGUUCGAUGAUUCGCCAAAUGCAGAAAUCAGAGUUGGCUUCGUUCAGGGCGGAGGCUCAUGGUCCUAUCUUGGGAGACAUAAUCUCAAGAUUCCACCUGACAAGCCAACCAUGAACUUUGGCUGGUUUGAUGACAACAGCACCGACGAAGAAUUCAGCAGAACCACCAUUCACGAAUUUGGUCAUGCUUUAGGAUGCAUUCAUGAGCAUAUGAGCCCUGCCGCCUCUAUUCCUUGGGACUUCGACAAAGUUUACAAAUAUUUUACGGGACCACCAAACAAUUGGACCAGGGAAGCUGUUGAUCGAAAUCUUUUCAACAAAUAUGCACCUUCAGCGGCAUACUACAGUAAAUUUGAUCCGCUUUCAAUAAUGCUGUACCGAGUCUCAAAUGAUUUGACGCUCGGAGACUACGAAACCCCUAACAACACAGUGCUCUCGUCCACAGAUAAAAUGUUCAUUCACUCGUUAUAUCCAGAGCAGACGCAUAAUAAAGCUCAAUUCAGCACCCAAGAAUUCCGUCCUCCGUCAAAGUCCAAAUUGUUGAACGCAAUGCAGGUUAAUUUUGAGCCCAAAUACCCCGAACCUCCAGCCAUUGCUGUUGGCUUGACGGAGCUGAAUAUUGGCAAAGACUUCAAUGUCCGUAUAAAAGCAUAUGCUGAUCGCGUCACACAAAGCGGGUUUGUUGUUCACGCCGAUUCCUGGUCUAAUACUAUUCUUUACUCUGCGGGAGCUGCCUGGUUUGAGGUUGCCAGCACCGACACCGAAUUCCAAGUUGGCAAUUUCAACACCCUAGAGCUUCACCCGUGGAAUGAGGCCAAACCACAAAAUACACAACGUGUUGUUUUCGAACGUUCUUUUAAGGAGCCUCCUAAAGUUGUGGUCUGGCUCCAGGGAUUCGAUAUGGAUAAGGACAAGAACUGGAAGAUUGCAGUUCAUGCAUCAAAUAUAUCCAAUGAAGGAUUCGAUAUCCAUAUCGACACAUGGGGAGGAGACAGCACACUCUACAGCGGCUCUGCAUCCUGGAUCGCGUAUCCCGCAGACAAGGAGCGCAUUGUCAGCGGGGUCGCGGAUACUAGUAUGUUCCAAGACCCGUCCUCCCAAGGACAGUACAAAGGAGGGAGAGUGAGCUUUCCCAAGGGAACAUUCGACCGAAAACAUCGAGUAUAUUUGGCUCUAAAGUCAUUUAAUUUUGUUAGUAAACAUGAUAUGAGGCUCAAGGCUCUUGCAGAAAACGUCUCGAAAGACGGAUUCGAUUGGAAAGUUGAAACGUGGGGAGAUAGUGUUCUGAAUGGCGCAGGCGUUUCAUAUGUGGUAAUUUAA